AUGAACAACAAUAGUAAUAAUAAUAGUAAUGGUAAUUCGCCACCACCAUUAUUAGAUCCAGAGAAUGAUAGUAAACAACAAGACGAAAUUGAUGUUUUAAAAUCAAUCUUUUUUGAUAGGUUUGAGGAGUUACCAAUGGAGGGAGUUUGUAGAAGAUUUAAAAUUACAAUAAUACCCCACCCAACUGGUAGUGUUAGUCAAAAUUUUUGUUCAGUUAAAUUAUGUAUAAAAUAUACACCAAAUUAUCCAAAUUCAUUUCCAAAAAUUAGUUUAGAAAAAGUUAAAGGACUAUCGGAUGAACAAAUUAUGGAAUGUGAACAACUAUUAAAACUAAAAUUAAUACCAGGUGAAAUAAUAGUGUUCGAAUUGUGCCAAGCUACUCAAGAGUUUUUACUAUUAUACAAUAAUAAAGAGACUGGUAGCUUACACGACGAAAUGAUAAAAAGAUUAACAAACAGUAGCGGUCAAACAAUUAGAGAUAGUGACGAUAGGGGAAUGGACUAUGAUUACUAUGAUGAAGAGUAUUGCGAAGACAAUAGUGAAGAAAAUGAUAAUAUGAUCAUCAAUAGUGAUGAAGAGGACGACUAUGCCUUAUUAAACAACAGUGGUAGUAAUAGCAUAUUAAAUAGUAAUAAUGAAAGUAAUAAUAACAUUAGAAACAAACCAAAUCAUCGUAAUCCAUUAAAAGAAGAACAGGAAAUGUAUAGUAGUAAUAGUAGUAAUAAUAUCAGUAAUAGUAGCAGACCACCCUCUUCUCCAAUAAUACCUCAAAACUUUAGUUUUGAUUCUUUAAAUGCUUUAGACCCAGAUAGUAUAUUUGAAGAGAAUAACGAUGAAUUAGCAACAAUCAAAGGUAGUUUAAGUAUUGACUUUGAUGACAUAAGGGGCUUCAGAAACAACGAUAGUGAAAACGAACCAAACAACAAUACAAACAUCAAUUGCAAUAUAAAAAAGAAGAGAAAGGGUAAAAAAGAUAGAAGAUAUAUAAACAAAUUUGAUGAUAUACCGGCAGUAGCUUCACAAAACCAAGAGAAUAAUAAUGAAGAAGAUAAUGACAGUGAUAAUAAUAAAGAUGACAACGAUGAUAAUAUUCAAGAUAGUAGCAACAACAACACCACUAAUAAUAAUAAUAAUAGUUUAAUAGAUGAUAUUAAAAUACCAAAAGUAAAAUGGAAACAAGGAAAUUGUAUUGGGCAGAAAUCAUUUUAUUCUGUAUAUGAAGGUAUCAAUUUACAAAAUAACAAGAAAAUGAUUUGCAAGAUUAUAGACCUAAGUGUAGAUGAAAGAAAUUCAAAUUUAUAUAACAGUUUUAAUAGCAGCAACAGUUUAACAAAUAACAGCUCAAGUAAUAAUGAAGAUGAUAGCGAUGGAGAUGAAUCACCAAGUAAUGAAAUUGAUGAAAACAAGUUAAAAAAAGAUUUAGCAAUCAAAGUAAAUUUAAUACAAAGAGAAAUCGAAUCAAUGAAAUAUUUAGAUAAUCCAUUCAUUAUAAAGUACUAUGGCACCAAUUAUGACCAAGAUUCACUUUACAUCUUCCAAGAGCACAUCCCACUAAGCCAAACAUUACAGCAAAAGAUUCUUAGCAUGGGAGUUGGCUUUGCAGAAGAUGUCGUCAGAAAAUUUACUUAUCAAUUGCUUUUAGGCUUACUCUUUUUACACUCACAACAAAUCCCACACAGAGAAAUGACUUCGGAUAAUAUCAUAUUUGAUGAAACCAAACCCAAAAUGUAUCUUACAAACUAUGGUGGUAAAGCAAUGAAGAUCUUUGAUCACUUUGACCAACUCAAUUCAAUAAAGAAUUUAAAUCAUUGGGUAAAGCCAAAAGAAUCUGAAAGAUUUAACAACUUUGUAUUUCGUCGUGAGGAUCUGGUUAAUUUAGGUAUCGUUGUUUUAGAAAUGCUCUGUGGUAGUAUGUUGGCCAAUACUCCUGCUGUUAAGAAUUUCCUUUCCCAAUUAAAACAAUUAUAUACUCCCCAACAAAACCAUAUUCCACCACCACCUCUUCAAUACCAACUACAGCAACAAUAUGAUUUAAUUAAAGAGGUCGAAUCAAAAACCCAUCCCUCAAGUGGAUCAAUUUCAUCACAUGUAAAAGAUUUCCUUUCAGUUUGUUUCACUUUUAAUAGUGGGGAUCCAAGUGAAAAACUUAAAUUAGAAGCUGGUAUCCUUUUAAAUCAUCCAUUCAUAAACACUAGAAACUUUUCUCCACCUUCAAACUUUAUGAAUAUUACCAAUAAUUUGAAACUACUAGAUAGUAGAAGUAAAUUGAAAAAGAAUCUGUCAAGCUCUACAUCCUCAGAAGUAUUAAGCUCAUCAACAAAUACAUCUUGUGAAAUUUCAUUAAGAAAUACAAAUUCAUCAAUGAGUAUACCAACCACACCAAUAAGCAAGGGCCAACAAACCAAGCAAAAUACCUCACCAACACUAAAUAAUAAUAAUAAUAAUCAAUUAUCACCAUCGAAUAAACAAGCAUUACCAACAACACCCUCUAAAAAUAAAAAUUUUCAUGAUCAACAAGAAAUGUAUGGUCUAUAUUCAAGAUAUAAAAGUGAUUUUGAAGAGAUUGAAAUGAUUGGUAAAGGUGGCUUUGGUGUUGUUGUAAAGAGCAGAAAUAAGUUAGAUUUAAGAUACUAUGCAAUCAAGAAAAUUAAAACCACAGCAUAUUCCGAUCAUGGUAAUGAGCAUGAUAGCUCAUUAAAUAAACUUUUAAGAGAAGUCACAACUUUAUCAAGAUUGCAUCAUCAAUUUGUAGUCAGAUAUUAUCAAGCUUGGAUUGAAAAAACUGAUGUAUCAAUGCUUCCCAUCGAUGAACAUGAAGAUUUAUCUGGUGAUUUAGAAACUGAUGCCAGUGAAGAUUGGUUUUUACAAUCCAGUAUUAACAACAGUAGAUCAAUUAUAUCUCGUGAUUCAUAUAGUGGCCUAAGUUUAUCAACAAAUACAUUAAAUAGAAGUAACAAUGGUUUAAAUAAAUUAAUUAGUAGUGCAACAAGUGAUGAAAUUGGUACAAGUUGCUCAAAUAAUGAAAAAACAAGGAUCAUUGAAAAUAAAAAGAAACCAUCUACAAAGAAAAAACAAAAAGGAAAAAAGAAAAAGAAAUUAAAGCAACAACUAUUAGAGUCUCAAUUAAAUCAAUCACAAAGCUUUAGCUAUAGUGGCAAUACCGAAGAAAGUGAAGCUGGUGGUGUUGGUCUGGAUGAAUCUAGAAUCAUUGAAAAUGAAUCAGAUAGUUUCAGUGAUAUAUAUGAUGAUGAAGAUGACGACGACGAUGAAAACCAAGAUGACAAUGAUGACGAUGAAGAAAAUGAAGAAAACAACUUUACAAACGAUGAUGAAGACGAUGAUAAUCAAGAUGAUGAAGAUGAAGAUGACGAUGACGAUGAUUCAAAUUAUAAUGACUCUUUGUUGGAGUAUAGUGUUACUGGCUAUGGCAAUAGCGGUAUGACAGGUAUUGAAUCAAACUACAACUAUCAGGAAAAGUCACGUAUAAUUACCAAUAGCAUGUCAAGACAAUCAAAAUCCAGAAAACUUUCAGCCAAAACAAAACCAAAAGAAACCCACACUCUUUACAUUCAAAUGGAAUAUUGUAGUAAAAAGACUCUAAAAACCCUUAUUGAUAAUGGGCAAAUUUCAGAAGAAGAAUCUUUCAGGUUGUUACGUCAAAUUGUUGAAGGUUUAAAUCACAUUCAUAAUCAACAAAUUAUUCAUAGAGAUUUAAAACCAGCAAAUAUCUUUAUUGAUAAUGAACAAAAUGUUAAAAUUGGUGAUUUUGGUUUAGCAACAUCGGGUGUAUCAAAUAAAGAGGAUGAAAUAAAUAUUGGCAAAAUGAAUUUGUCAUCGUCAACAUCCUCAACCAAUAACUUCACACAACAAUAUCCAUCCCAUACUUGGAAUGAUGAUAAUCACUCGAUGACUGGUGGCGUUGGUACACCAUUUUAUUGCUGCCCAGAAAUUUUAGAAAAGAAUAUCAAGCAUUAUAAUAACAAAGUUGAUAUGUAUUCUCUAGGUAUUAUAUUUUUCGAAAUGUGCUUCACCUUUCAAACACAAAUGGAACGUAGUAAUAUUCUUCGAGAUUUAAGAGACAACCUAAAGUUCCCACAUGGCUUUGAAUCAUUAAAACCAGAUCAAGCAAAUAUUAUCAGAUCACUUCUAUCCCGUGACCCAAGCAAAAGACCAUCAACCAAAGAUCUCUUGGAAAGCGGUUUAUUACCAUCAAAAAUGGAAGAUGAGCUUUUAAAGGAGGCUAUUAAAACCAUUGCAAAUCCAACCAUUUCAUUAUACUCCUAUUUAAUGGAGAAACUAUUUAGCAUCACCAGUGAUGAACACAUUAUGUCACGUUAUCUGUAUACAUCAAAUCCAUCAUUAUCGCCGAUGCACCUGAUAUGUCGUGAAAGAACUUUUGUACGUUUAGAAAACAUAUUUAGAAACCAUGGUGCACUUAGAAUUGAUACUCCAACACUUUUCCCAAAAGACUCUACUCAUAGCAAUGCUUUAAAUGUUGCCAAGUUCUUGGAUGAAGGUGGUACAGUUGUACAUUUACCCUAUGACCUUACUGUUCCAUGGGCAAGACAUGUUGUAAUUCAUGGCAUUCAACACUCUAAACGUUUCACCUUUGCUCGAGUCUAUCGUAGAUCAGCACCUGGAUUUUCACCCAAAGAACUAUUCGAAUGUGACUUUGAUAUUGUUGGUCCACCAGAAGCCCGUAGUGUCAAUGAUGCAGAAAUUUUACGUAUCGUAGUAGAAAUCAUGGAUGAAUUUUCUAAAGAAUUUGGUCCUAAUAGUAGCUAUAAAAUUCGUCUUAGUCAAUAUAGCAUAUUGGACAGUGUAUUAUCCCAUUGCGGUGUAGACAAAAAAGAUUAUGAUAAAGUAUGUCAAAGCUUAUCAUUCUUAAAUUGGAAGCACGAUUGGGAUCAUGUCUCAAACUCAUUAAGAGAUACACUUUCACCUGGUGUAAUUCACAUGCUCUCCACUAUAUUUAGAAAAGAUCAAGAAUUAGAGAUAGCGGUCGAUCAACUUUCCAAUUUACUAUCAGGCCAUAAAGAAAGCAAAGCAGGUUUGAGUGAUCUUAAAACACUAGUUAGAAAUCUUAAAAUGAUUAAUAUCAUUCACAAAUUUACAUUUGACCUUAGCUUAAUUCAUAAUAUUCAAUACUAUGACGGAAUAGUUUUUCAAGCAGUUGUUCAACGUCAUAAUCCAGCCAAUUCUCAAAACUUUAAAACUGAAAUCAUAAUGGCAGGUGGUAGAUACGAUAAACUAAUUGGCCAACUUCAUCCAAAUCCAUUGCAAUCAGGUAACGUCUGUGGUAUUGGUGUUACUAUUGCCUGUGAAAAAAUUGUAAAUACUGUAUUAAAUUUCAAUAAUCAACAUUUAUUAGCCAAAACAAAAUCACCAAAAUCAAGAUUCCAAUCACAUAUAGAAGUAUUUGUAUGCUCUUUAGGUUCACCAAUGCUUACAGAAAAACUUCAAGUUGCAUCACAACUUUGGUCAGUUGAUGUUAAAGCUGACUACUCCCAAACCGAAUACUCUAGUCAUGAAGAUAUUUACUCUCACUGUAGACAAAAUGGUAUACCAUGGUGUAUCAUUAUUAAAGAAGGUUCAUAUCAACAGGGCACUUUGAAAGUUCGUUACCUAAAGAACAAAAGUGAUGUUUCAAUCCUUAGAAAUAAUUUAGUAGACUAUAUCUUAAAAGAGAAGAAAAUUAAAAAUUUUAGUACAAAUCUUAGUAAUAUAAAUAUAUUUAAUAAUAGCUAUAUAAAUUCAAUUGGUGACAAUAUGAAUAAUAGUAAUAUAAAUAAUGUAAAUAAUAUUUCAAAUAAUAACAACAAUAGCAACAAUAAUAAUAAUAUAAGCUCAAACAACACAAACAGUAAUUUAAAUAGUAAUACGAAUAAUGCGAAUGACUUAACAUCAAGUUUAAAUAGUGUUAGUAGUAUAGGUGGUGGAGGAGGCAGUAUCAAUAGUUCAAACAGUAUUAUAAAUAGUAGCAGCAGUAUCAAUAGCAGUGGCUCAAUUUCGAUAGAUCAUAGUAAUAGUAGUAUUGGAGGUACAAGCCAAACCAAAGUUAGAUUUGGUGGAAAAAGUAUUAUUGGUAGUGGCGGUGUAGUAAGCAGUGUAGUGAAUUUAAACGAAGAUCCAUCAAGUAACUUAAAACUCUGUUUAGAAGUCCUAGGUUGUGACGAUUCAAUUAAAAAAUCAAAAUUAGAAACUACCAUCCGUGAACACGUUUCAAGGCUAUUUAAAGAUUUCAUUCAAACUAAAGGAUCUACUAUUAGAGUUGUAGCUGUUGAUAUCGCAUAUAAUAUAAUUAGAGAAUUUUCAAUGACAGAUUAUGGUGACUCCUCAAAAAAUACUCGUGCAAACAAAGAAAAGCUUCAACAUUUAAAAGCACAAAUUUUAAAAUGGAAAGUUUAUCCUUUUGUUGUAAUCUAUUCAUACAAAGACGAUAAAUCAAUUAUAUUUAACAAUAAUAUUUAACAAUAAAAAAUAUAUAUAAUUUAUAAAUAAUAAAUAAUAAAGAAAUAAAGAAAAAAAAAAUAUAUUUUUAAAUUUUUUUUAUUUUAUUUAAAAUUCUA